AUGCCAGCCAGAUGUCAGAUUUUGCUUGUACUGUUUCUAUACUGCAUCAGUGUUUUUCCCAAAGGUAAGAUAGCUUUGUUUUGCUUGUAAAAAUAGUGGACGGAUAUUUUUAAGAUUAUUAGCGAGCUAAUUGCUGAAUAGUCAAGAUCGAGUGUUUAAUCGAGGGAAGUUGAGGAAAUCCUCUCGUGAUAAUUGUUUCUUUUUCCUUUUAUCAUCAACUGCAUUCUCCUGAACGGUUCAUUUUUGGAUGAAACAAUAGUUGUGUUUAACUAAUACAUAAACAAGAAUAUAAGAAACUGUCGUAACAUUGAAACGACUUUUUGAUGUACAUGUCGUCACGACACUUUUACGAGGGCAGCAGAAAAAUAAAGUCAAAGAAAUUGGUAAAGACUACCAUGGAACUCAAAUAAGAACUGAGCGUAGAAAAUUAAACGUACUGCGUUUUUCCUUGACGCAACUAAAUUAUAUAACUUGAAGAUACUUCAAAAAAUUUGAGACACGGUUAUGGUAAAAAAAUGAAGUUAUUACCAAAACUAAUUUGUAUAGAGUACCAUUCAGUUACCGUUCUCGUUACUUUCAAAAAUACAGUAGCCCGGAAAAAGCUGCUUUUGUAAAUUUGAAGGAACAGAAAGAUUUUAUUCUCGAGGCAAAAAGAGAGCACGGAAAAUCAUGUGCUCGUAAGCAGGAUGAGUAUGAACAUGCCCGCGAAUGAUCCUGUAGAAAAAUGAAAAAUAUGUGAAAUCUAGUUAGUGGAGAGUGUUAUGGAGCAGCUUUUUAAAAAUGGACAUGACAAACGGCAACGAAGUCGAAUGUUCUUGGUUCGAAGUUCCAUGUCCAGGAAUUAACAGCACAAUAACAGGUCAUGAUAUGAGAAUUUUGAAAUCCGCACUGAGACACAGCAUGGAAUAUUUUGAAAUAAGCAUUUUCAAUACGUGGUACCAGUUGGAGGUCUUCAGUUGAUUAAAUGAACUUUGACCGUGAGUCAACAAAACCCAACUGGGGGAAUUUCUAAAAAUAUUUGUCCCUGUAAGCAUCUUUCAAUUUUUGUUUAUCAACAAACGAGUUUCGACUUAGCUCAAGGUUAAUCUUUACUCGGCAAGGAGUCGUGCAUGUGUUAUUUGUGCUCUAACAUAACAUUUCCUUCACGUAAUAAGUCUUUAAAUCGUAAUCAUUUUUUUUUUGCAGAAUUAGCAAAUUCCAAUCAACUAUCAUUUGUUUUUUUGCGUAAUAUCGUUUUUUUUUAAUUGGGGGAUAUUCCCUCAGCGGACAUGUAAUGGCACGCGAAAACAGACACGCGUCGUUGAAAAGAUACAUUGUAUUCUUUGUUGGUUAAGUGUUCAUAAUCACGAAAAGAAAAAUAGCAGUCUUAUGGAGUGUAACGCGUAUUUGCUCCGCGCUCCGCUCGCUUAAUAUAUUAACUUAAACUCAAUUUUUUGAUUGAAAGCCUCAGAAUUUAGGUAAGACUUUGAAAUAAAUUGCUUUUAGCUGCAACUUUAAAUAGACCAUUACCGUAUAAUCCUCAUCUUGAAAUUAUCCGGAAAUACUGCAAUUUUAUUUUAAGACGUUUAAUCUUGAGAAUAAAUUGCUCGCGAAACAUCUCAAGUACGUGCGGUUAUGAGAUUUGUUGUUGGUAUGGUUGGCUAAACCAUUGUCUUCUUGGAACUUAAUAACCUACUCCUUGAGAUAUCAAACACUUAUACCAAGCCCUCUGAAAAAAGAUAGCGGAGAGUGGUUAAAGUUUUAUCUUUCAUAAUUAAGAUAGUGCGGUUAAAGCUCCUACCCCUCCCCUAAGCCAACAUUUUGCCCUAAGUGAGAAGUAAGUGAUAUUGUUGGCUUAGGGGAGGGGUAGGUGGGCAGUUUCCCAGAAAUGUACGUAUAAUGAUCGUUUUUUCUACAAUGGCCUCACUCAUAAAUUUGCCCUCGAGUAGCUCGGUUCGCUCGCCCAAAUGGAGAGCUUUCUCGCAGGCUAAGAAAUCACAAGAGACUCGGCUGUGUUGCUCAGGCACACGUAUGACUCCCCUCUCUUUCUCUCAGUGUUGAGGGGUAAGGAGGCAAAAAAUCAGUAUGCGCCCCCGGCAUCAAUUAUGACCGGGAACUGCGUCUAUUGAAGGUAGAAAGUCCUGCAGAGAAGCGAAACAUAGAAAAGAAUUGAUCAUGCGCGUUAUCGACUCGAAUAGACACAAAUCUGAUUUCUUCUUUUUUAUAUUCCAGUUCAAUCUAGCACUCACUGCUCAGAUUCAGGUAACCCGUCAAACGGACGACGAAGCCCGCCUUCAAAUGAAAGUAAUGAAUAUCCACAAGGCAGCGUGAUACAGUACAAUUGUAUCCGCGGCUUUGUCCUGCACGGACAAACGAGACGUACGUGUUUAGAGAACGGGCAGUGGAGUGAAGCGCCUCCGAAAUGUCUCGGUAACUACUGUUUCAUCUUACAAGGAAAGGAUCAAGCGUUAAACAGUCUAAAUUCGAACUAUGUUAGCCAUCAAAGCUGACUCCCUUUCCGUCCCUUAGGCUCGAUUACCAGCUUUGAUGCGCCCGCGUUUCUUCCCUGUCUGGUUGGGGUGGGAGGGGUGGGAGGGGUGGAGGCGGGGGUCAAAAACCGGACUUCUCAAACGGCUGGAAAUACGGCGAGCGUAGACCCUCUCAUACCAUUUCAGUUUUCUUAUAGGGUGUUGUAGGUCCAGUUUGCUUUAAUGCAAGACCUAUAUAUAUGUAACUCACGAUCAGCACUAAAAUCCGAAGUAUAUAUGCAUAAAAAACAGAAAAAAAUAGGGUAAAUCGUCGCUGUAUGUCGUGCAGACGAUAAUGCAAGGGACGAAGCUAUCGCUAAGGAUCCCAGGAAAGGAACAACCAGGCAGUAGCUAAGCUCACUUUCAUUGAAAUAAGGCAAAUGUCAAGACGAAACCACAAAAAAGUGACUUUAACUCGCGGCAAAACCAAAACCUUCAAUCCCGUUAUUUGGCCGCAGUCCGCUAGCGCUGUUCAGUAUGGUUUGGUUCCUCGCCUCUGAAGUUUCAACCUGAGCUUUCGAUUCUUUGUUGAGAACAGUCAGGAGCCCAAGGCCAUCUCAGUUCAGAAAGAACUAAAAUUAAUGUGUUUCAUUACUGUCAGCUCUUCCAAAAUUUCUCAAGACACCAAGCAAUACUACUGUUAAAGAAUCACAAGAUGUUGUCCUUUCCUGUUCAACUUCGUCCCCGGAUACACAGAUCACGUGGUUUAAGGAUGGGGAAGAAGUCACCGGAGACAGAAUUGCUUUCUUCAAAGGACGUUUAUUGAUUGUAUCGGUAGAACUUGGUGACAGAGGGUUGUAUGUAUGCAGGGCAACCAACGACGCAGGAUUCCAAGUGGCACAGGCUUACCUGCGGGUAUUAAGAGGGCUUGACGAAGGUUGGUAUCACCAAACCUUUUCUUCUCGCCAGAGGCGCCGUCUCGUAAACAAAUAAAUUAUAACUUUUUUAGCGUCCAAGGAUCGAUCCCCCCUAUUCUCUUAAAGUUUACAGUUGGACAAAACGUGAGGGGAAUAUUUGUUUAGCGGGGGCAGCACUCGAGUACGCGAAAACAUGUCGCGGCUUCUAACGUACCCGGAAGAACCUUGUAAUGUAGAAUGUAUUGAUCUGCUCAUUUAUCUGUGGUAAGAAUAAUCAUCUUCAGGUACCGUUUGGUUUUUUCAGUUUUUUUUAUUAGUUUUUAAAGAACACCACGCGAGGGGAACACGCGAAUUGGAAAGGAAGCCUCCUCUCCCGGGUCUUUCAUGUGCGCACGUUUCCUCGAUAUCGUUGUUUCCUUUUCGCUCUGAAAAGGAGAGCCUGCUACGCGGUUUAACCAUCAUCUUAAGCUCGUCAUAACCGCUCAGUAUUUUCGGCGAAAUUUUUACACCAUAAGCUGACAGCAUCGACUAAAUUAAACUCCACCAAUCACAAACCCAUUCGCAAAUUUUACCUAUUUUUUGUUAGUUUGUGGCCGACCCAUUAUCCCACCUCAUGGUCGAGGCAAGAUCGUCGGUGGAAAGAAGGUUUUGGCGGGUUCAAAUCCAUGGCAAGUUAGUCUAUGGCGCAUGCGUGAGAAACGACAUUUCUGCGGUGGAUCUCUUGUGUCAGAUAGAUGGGUGGUGACCGCUGCUCAUUGUGUGGCUAGAGGUAAGAAUUUGGAAAAGAAAAUAUCAUAAAUGUACAGCAGCUUGUUUAGCGAUCACUUUCCUCCUGAGCGCAUGACGAGUGUGAAGCGCGCCACGUAUUUUCUCACGUCUUUUACGCCUUAAGCUGGAAAGGAAGUAAAUUAAGGACCUUAUAUCAACAUUCGUAUUAUUUAUGCUGUUCUUCAUACAUAUCGUAUCGUAAUCACUACUUGGUUAUAUUGAAAUAGAAGUUGGAUAAUAAGGACAAAUUAGCUUUUGGUCCACUAACAUGGCUUAAACGCAGACUUCGAUGAUUGCCAAACGUUGGACAGGUUGUCACAGGGCUAAAAGUGUAGAUCUUAAAGUCAUUGGGUUGCCUGUGGACCAAUCUAGAAUUAUUCUGUCCCUUUUUCAAGUGUCAAAAACUGGAGACUGUUGCGCAAUUAUCACACUCAUGUCCAAUAAUCACCAAGAAGACUUUGUUAUUAUUCUCUACCGUGGCACUUGCCCCCACAUUUCUUCCCUUAUCUUGAAAAGAUGUCACCCACAUGACAGCAUUUAAUGAACCGACAGUGUGUGUGUUUGCAUCGCACGUGCGACCUAAGAGAGCGCGAGGGAUGAUGGGAAGAGUGAGAGUCUCCCCUCUUUCUUCCCUCGCCCUUCCCUUAAGCUCGCUUCCGACUCUCUCUGAGAGACGACGAGGGACAAGUCAGAUAUCUAAUCAACUAAUGCCGUUCAACAGGUAUUACAGUCAACGAUUUCGAGGUACGGCUUGGGAAAGUGUUUACCCACAAGCGAGAACGUCGUAGGGAACAAAUCAUACGCCCGGACAGAAUUAUCAUUCAUAGCAAGUUUAUAGCCGCAGACUAUGAUUCGGAUAUCGCACUUAUCCAUCUUAGCAGGAAGGUUGUUUACACUGAUUAUGUCAAACCGAUCUGCCUUCCAUUGAAAAUACGGGACUCUGAUAGGAUUCUACUGAAGCCAGGGAACAUUGGGGUGAUCACAGGUAGGUGCAUAUUAGGCUCCACAUUAUGCUCCGACUAGGACCUUAAAUAAGGUUCCAAUUACAGCCCCAAAUGCUCCUUCAAUCAAUAGUUUAACUCUUAUUCGUUCUUCUGGACUUCAGUAUUUUUAUAAAAAAACAACAUUUACCUGCAACUAAUACGUACUAUAAUCCGUAACAUAGGUUGGGGCGGAAAAGGACACGGAAGACGACUCGUUAAACGCAUGCGCAAAGCAAUCGCGCCAGUUGUAAAGCAAACCACGUGUAAAAAGUCACACAGAUACAAAGUCACAAGAAACAUGUUUUGCGCUGGACAUUUCAAUGGGACACUUGGUGACUCCUGUACUGGAGACUCUGGAGGUCCGCUAACCAUCGAAAACCGCGGGCGCUGGGUGCUGGCGGGAAUCAUUUCCUGGGGAGAUGGCUGCGGAGGGAUCGGAAAGUAUAGUGUUUACACUCGAGUGUCGAUAUAUUCUCGCUGGAUUAGGAGACAUAUUAAUGGGGAGGAUUAAACAAGAGAGAGAGAGAGAUUUUAUAGGGAAGGGACACACCUUAUUCGAAGCUUUUAAACAGUUGUGCUGGCUGAUCAAGUGAUGCGCUAUCCGGCGAUGUUCCCGUCCGUGAAGAACUUUCUGUAAAGGUGUGGUGUACAAAAACUGACGGACCAUCGCAGUAUAAAACAGUCUAAGUUAUGAAGAUAUUGUAUAAAGCAGCAAUAGUUUUGGUAGAGUGUAUUUAUUCCCUCUGAACGCUUUAGAUCGUCAAGGAAUUCCAGUAUCAUGAUACGCCUUAUCGUUAGGGCCCGUGUGUCCCUUUAGAAAUCCAGACGUAGUUAAUCGUUAAAAAUCGAUAUCGGAAAUCAAUCGAUAUCAUCGAUAUUAAUCGAUAUAAUCCUCUGAUUAUUAUCGAUUGAUAUCGGAAAUCGAUAGAAAUCGAAGUCACAGUAAAAAAAAAUUUAUUGAUUAUUAUCGACUAACAAAAUCGAUAACAAUCGAUAGGAGUCGAUAAAGAAUCAUUAUCGAUUUCUAUCGGAAAAUCAUCAAUAUUAAUCGAAAUCACAACUUUUUCCUUUAUCGAAUUCUAUAGAUCAACAUUUCGGAAAUCGACCCUCAUCGAUGAUUGAUAUCGAUUACUUUCGAUUAAUAUCGAUUAUUGGUUUAUCGAUUAACUACGUUUGGAGAAAUGAACCAGAAGGGAGAUAGCUCUUUUCUUCAGCGAGAUUUAAAAAUACUAGUAUUUACGAAGGUUGACAACAUAGAAAUUAUGUUGCAAUAUUUACACGAAACUGCUCAUAUGGAAAAUUUAUUUGCAAAAAAAACUAGAAAACGCAUUCAAAAAACAAAUAUUUAGUGAACUGCCAAAUGAUACUUUGUUCAUACUUUGUGUUAUUUUAACCAUACCGAGCGAAAUUAGCGAGCGCGCGAGGAGAAGAGACGCGUUUCACCUUCCUCGCGGGUGGCCACCAAAGACGGAUGCCUUUUUCAGGCUUUAAUUAAAUUAAGGGGUAGGGAAAUCUGUCAUUUAUGGGCGGAGCCUCCCCUUUAACAUUUGGGGUACCACCCCCCCUCCCCGGUCAAAGAUGCAUUCUGAGUAACGCUUGAAACAUUUUGCGUCAUGUAAUUUAAAAGUCUUGACAGAAAGAAGAGCAUAAUUAUUGUAAGUUGUGUAGCAAUAUAAGGGUUAAGUUAAAACUCUGAAGAGACGUUUAACACGUAGGAAGAAAGUUUAUUCCAAAAUUUAAUGUUUAAUGCAGUAAAUUAUUACCAUCAAUAAAAAGGAAACACGUUGAAAAUAUCUGAAGGGUUUUUUGCUUAGUCGAUGCAUUAAUAGUCUGCUUCACAACCGUUUUUGUCACGCAACCUUCCUCACCACAAAAGAGGAGGAACCUUGAGGUGAGGAACACUGCAUAACAGCACAAAAGGGGAACGUUGCGUGACGACACAAAGGGGGAGAGACGUUGCGUGAUAACACAAAGAGACUAAUACAUUAAUGCCAAAUUACGUUUUUACCGCGGUUUACCGUUUAUGUUCAAUUCAGUGGAAUUUCAACAACUAUUUUAGUCCAAACAUAAUUAGCUUCUUUUCUAACAAAUUAUGCAAAUUUCUCUUGAUUGACAGCAGUGAAUACAUCACGCUGGUGAGGAUCGUAAGUACUUGAAAAAAGGGUGGGUUUAUAUUUGUGCCCAGCAAGUACCAUACUAGAGCACUGUGCCAGGGAACCAUGUCUGAACAAUGCCUUACCGUAAAUCCUCCAUUAAGCCCACUUGGGUGGGGAAGGGCUUAAUAGAAAAGACGAUGGUAUCAGUUUUCCCUAAAGACCUAGAAAUCAAAGUGGAUUAGCUCAAGUACAAGAAGGUUGAAGGUCAUGCAGCCGAUGAUAAAAAACAAAUCAAAACUUCCAGUUGGUAAAUUAACUAUGCCAGAUCAUAUUAAAUUCUGCAAGCAGAAUACUGCAAUGCUGAUCGUACUACGUGAAAAUUAACUCUGCAAGACAUCAACACGACACCGAAAUAACUCAAAACAGAGCAGGAUUGUAGCCAUAGACAGCUGUUUCGCCCGCUUUGGGGCUUGUCAGUAUGGCGUAACAACCAGAGAAAACUCUGGUGAAAAAUACCUGCGCACUCUGAUUUAAGCCUUGACCUAGAACUCUCAACACCCACAGAAUCAUGCCAUACCACGUGUCUUCUGGGGGCAAGAGUCCAAAUGUCAAAUUGAUGUCUCGCAGAGAAACUAAAAAAAAAAUUGGCCAAAACCAACUGCCAGAUCAGUCCAGUCGUGAUUGAUUAAUACAGUCUAUCAUUUAUUUCUGAAGAAUAACUAAGGGAGGGGGGAAGCUUAAGAGAUUGGAGGAGGGGGGAUUAUUAACUUUCUUCCCCUGAAUGAAAAUUUAACAACAAGUUUAAAAAAAACACACGUCCUGCACAUCAGUCUAAGGCAAAGCUCUGCAGAGUGAGGCUCUUUACCCAUUCUGCCUCAAUAUCCACAAACAAAUUCUCCACAAUGAUCUCUAUAUACAUUUCCUGAAAUAACAAGUUGAGAGAAUCUGAUAAAAGAUCAAAGUAUGUCCCUCUUCAUGAUCAUUUUAUCACUUCUCAUAACCUUCUCUCUUGAUGAUGUGAGGAUAUUGUUAGGAGAAAAUUCAUGUUGGUCACCCUUAGGACUUACAACAAUCAAUUCAUUUUAACCGGGUCAAAACAAUGUCAAUGUUCUCAAAAUAAGAGUAUAAACAUAAAUGUCUUUGAUUGUGAAAACUUUAUUAAUAAUAAUAUACUAAGUUACAAAUAAUUUUUCUUUCACUAUGAAAUUGUCCCCUUUCCAUUUUACAAAAUUUGUAAGAUUAUCAUAGUAUACUUCGCCUUGGCGGGUGAGCAGUGAAAAAUGAAGGCGCCGUCUCGUAAACAAAUAAAUUAUAACUUUUUUAGCGUCCAAGGAUCGAUCCCCCCUAUUCUCUUAAAGUUUACAGUUGGACAAAACGUGAGGGGAAUAUUUGUUUAGCGGGGGCAGCACUCGAGUAACAUUCCAUAUCAUCGCGAAAACAUGUCGCGGCUUCUAACGUACCCGGAAGAACCUUGUAAUGUAGAAUGUAUUGAUCUGCUCAUUUAUCUGUGGUAAGAAUAAUCAUCUUCAGGUACCGUUUGGUUUUAUUAGUUUUUUUUAUUAGUUUUUAAAGAACACCACGCGAGGGGAACACGCGAAUUGGAGAGGAAGCCUCCUCUCCCGGGUCUUUCAUGUGCGCGCGUUUCCUCGAUAUCGUUGUUUCCUUUUCGCUCUGAAAAGGAGAGCCUGCUACGCGGUUUAACCAUCAUCUUAAGCUCGUCAUAACCGCUCAGUAUUUUCGGCGAAAUUUUUACACCAUAAGCUGAAAGCAUCGACUAAAUUAAACUCCACCAAUCACAAACUCAUUCGCAAAUUUUACCUAUUUUUUGUUAGUUUGUGGCCGACCCAUUAUCCCACCUCAUGGUCGAGGCAAGAUCGUUGGUGGAAAGAAGGUUUUGGCGGGUUCAAAUCCAUGGCAAGUUAGUCUAUGGCACAUGCGUGAGAAACGGCAUUUCUGCGGUGGAUCUCUUGUGUCAGAUAGAUGGGUGGUGACCGCUGCUCAUUGUGUGGCUAGAGGUAAGAAUCUGGAAAAGAAAAUAUCAUAAAUGUACUGUAGCUUGUUUAGCGAUCGCUUUCCUCCCGAGCGCAUUAUGCGUGUGAAGCGCGCCACGUAUUUUCUCACGUCUUUUACGCCUUAAGCUGGAAAGGAAGUAAAUCAUGAUCAAGGACCUUAUAUCAACAUUCGUAUUAUUUAUUCUGUUCUUCAUACAUAUCGUAUCGUAAUCACUACUUGGUUAUAUUGAAAUAGAAGUUGGAUAAUAAGGACAAAUUAGGUUUUGGUCCACUAACAUGGCUUAAACGCAAAAGAGCGCAGACUUCGAUGAUUGUCAAACGUUGGACAAGUUGUCACAGAGCUAAAAGUGUAGAUCUUAAAGUCAUUAUUCUGUCCCUUUUUCAAGGGUAAAAAACUGGAGAGUGUUGCGCAAUUAUCACACUCAUGUCCAAUAAUCACCAAGAAGACUUAGUUAUUAUUCUCUACCGCGCCACUUGCCCCCACAUUUUUUCCCUUAUCUUCGUGUUGACUUUGAAACGACGUCACCCACAUGAAAGCAUUUAAUGAAUCGAGAGUGUGUGUGUUUGGAUCGCACGUGCGACCUAAGAGAGGACAAAGGGUGAUGGGAAGAGUGAAAGUCUCCCCUCUUUCCUCCUUAGCCCUUCCCUUAACCGCGCUUCCGACUCUCUCUGAGAGACGACUAGGGACAAGUCAGAUAUCUAAUCAACUAAUGCCGUUCAACAGGUAUUACAGUCAACGAUUUCGAGGUACGACUUGGGAAAGUGUUUACCCACAAGCGAGAACGGCGUAGGGAACAAAUCAUACGCCCGGACAGAAUUAUCAUUCAUAGCAAGUUUAUCGCCGCAGACUAUGAUUCGGAUAUCGCACUUAUCCAUCUUAGCAGGAAGGUUGUUUACACUGAUUACGUCAAACCAAUCUGCCUUCCAUUGAAAAUACGAGACUCUGAUAGGAUUCUACUGAAGCCAGGGAACAUUGGGGUGAUCACAGGUAGGUGCAUAUUAGGCUCAACAUUAUGCUCCGACUAGGACCUUAAAUAAGGUUCCAAUUAGAGCCCCAAAUGCUCCUUCAAUAGUUUAACUCUUAUUCGCUCUUCUAGACUUCAGUAUUUUUACAAAAAAAAAAAACAUUUACCUGCGACUAAUACGUACUAUAAUCCGUAACAUAGGUUGGGGCGGAAAAGGACACGGAAGACGACUCGUUAAACGCAUGCUCAAAGCAAUCGCGCCAGUUGUGAAGCAAACCACGUGCAAAAAGUCACAUAGACACAAAGUCACAAGGAACAUGUUUUGCGCCGGACAUUUCAAUGGGAAACUUGGUGACUCCUGCACUGGAGACUCUGGAGGUCCGCUAACCAUCGAAAACCGCGGGCGCUGGGUGCUGGCGGGAAUCAUUUCGUGGGGAGAUGCAGAUGGCUGCGGAGGGAUUGGAAAGUAUAGUGUUUACACUCGUGUGUCGAUAUAUUCUCGCUGGAUUAGGAGACAUAUUAAUGGAGAAGAUUAAACAAGAAAGAGAGAUUUUAAAAGGAAGGGACACGCCUUACUCGAAGCUUUUAAACAGUUGUGCUGGCUGAUCAAGUGAUGCGCUAUCCGGCGAUGUUCCCGUCCGUCAAGAACUUUCCGUAAAGGUGUGGUGUACAAAAACUGACGGACCAUCGCAGUAUAAAACAGUCUAAGUUAUGAAGAUAUUGUAUAAAGCAGCAAUAGUUUUGAUAGAGUGUAUUUAUUCCCUCUGAACGAUUUAGAGAUCGUCAAGGAAUGCCAUUAUCAUGAUACGCCUUCUCGUUAGGGCCCGUGUGUCCCUUAAGAAAUCCAUACGUAGUUAAUCGAUAAAACCGAUAUCGGAAAUCAAUCGAUAUCAUCGAUAUUAAUUGAUAUAAUCCUCUGAUUAUUAUUGAUUGAUAUCGGAAAUCGAUAGAAAUCGAAGUCACAGAAAAAACAACUUAUUGAUUAUUAUCGAUUAACAAAAUCGAUAACAAUCGAUAGGAAUCGAUAAAGAAUCGUUAUCGAUUUCUAUCGGAAAAUCAUCAAUAUUAAUCGAAAUCACAACUUUUUCCUUUAUCGAAUUCUAUCGAUCAGCAUUUCGGAAAUCGACCCUCAUCGAUGAUUGAUAUCGAUUACUAUCGAUUAAUAUCGAUUAUUGGUUUAUCGAUUAACUACGUUUGGAGAAAUGAACCAGAAGGGAGAUAGCUCUUUUCUUCAGCGAGAUUUAAAAAUAAUAGUAUUUACGAAGGUUGACAACAUAGAAAUUAUGUUGCAAUAUUUACACGAAACUGCUCAUAUGGAAAAUUUAUUAUAAAAAAAAACUAGAAAACGCAUUCAAAAAACAAAUAUUUAGUGAACUGCCAAAUGAUACUUUGUUCAUACUUUGUGUUAUUUUAACCAUACCGAGCGAAAUUAGCGAGCGCGCGAGGAGGAGAGACGCGUUUCACCUUCCUGGCGGGUGGCCACCAAAGGCGGAUACCUUUUUCAGGCUUUAAGUAAAUUAAGGGGUAGGGAAAUCUGUCAUUUAUGGGCGGAGCCUCCCCUUUAAAAUUUGGGGUACCACCCCCCUCCCCCGGUCAAAGAUGCAUUCUGAGUAACGCUUGAAACAUUUUGCGUCAUGUAAUUUAAAAGUAUUGACAGAAAGAAGAGCAUAUUGUUAGUUGUGUAACAUGAAAAUUACAUGACUGGUCCUAGGCAAUAUAAGGGUUAAGUUAAAACUCUGAAGAGACGUUUAACACGUAGGAAGAAAGUUUAUUUCAAAAUUUAAUGUUUAAUGCAGUAAA